GAAGAGAGCCAUCCAUCAUUUCACCAGUACUAAGUACUACAGAGUGCUUCACCCUAUCGAGUGAUUUGAAUAUUCGGACAAAUCUCAUAUAACACGCCUGCCGUCCCACCUCAUCUUCCUCCUUUGCAUCCAUUUCUUUUUCAUUCCAUCCCCACCACUCCAAACAAAAUGCCUUCCUAUAUCUUCCUUAAAUACCUAGCUAUCAUCCUUCGCUUCUACGCCAAACAUGCCUACCAAAUUCCCCCUCCUCAUCCCACCAGCAUCCUCUCCAUCCCCUCUCGCACCCCGAACCGCUCAAUCCCCGUCCACCUCUACUCCCGCUCAACUUCGACCUCGAACUCACCAUCUCCAUCCCCAGUGCUCCUCAACCUAAGCGGCAGCGGCUUCACCAUCCCCUCGCUCGGAAGUGACGCCCCCUUCAUCAACCAAAUCACGGCCCACACUCGCUACACCGUCCUCGACGUCGGUUACCGCCUUGCCCCCGAACACCCCUUCCCUGCCGCCAUCGAGGAUCUUGUCGACGUGCUGAGCUAUGUUCACAACCACCCGGAGCAAUUCGACCAGGCUAAGAUUGCCAUCUGCGGGUUCAGUGCGGGUGGGAAUUUGGCGGUGUCCGUGGCGGCGAACUACCCGGCGUCUGGGAUUGAGACCUUGGUGGCUUUUUAUCCGGUCGUGGAUGCUAGUAUUCCUGAUAAGGUGAAGGAGAGGAGGAUGGGUGUGGGGGCGGGGAAGAAGAUAAAGAAGGGCAUGGGGGGUGUUUUGCCGGUGUGGUUGUUGGGAUUCUAUCGGAGGUGCUAUUUGAGGGGUGGCCGUCAUGGGAGUGGGGAGAGGUUGGAGGAGGAUGACAGGGUCUCGCCGGGACGGGCUGGGGCGAGGCUGGCAGGGUUCCCGGACAAGUGCCUGUUUGUUACGUGUGAGUGGGAUUCGUUGGCGAGGGAGACGGAGGAAUUGGGUCAGCGAUUGAUGGAAUCACCGGGACGGGACGUGCGGAUGGUCAGAGUGGAGGGGUGUGGGCAUGCGUGGGAUAAGAUUGCUAAGGAAGGGACAAAAGAAUGGGACGAGAGGGAGAGGGCGUAUCAGGCUGUGGUGGACAUGUUGAAGGAUGAUUGAGGAUAGUCUGUGGAGGUGAGGAUGGAAUCAUGGUAUCAUGCAUUAAUGGAUUAUUGAGGCGUCUAGGCCAGCUCCGGCCAGUACUUCUGCACAAGCGUCUUCUU